UUAGUGUAUUAGAAACGAUCAGUCAAAAAAUGAAAAAUUCUUAUAUUUUUUAACGACUCAGCAAAUUUUUAUUACCAUUUAAAUAAUUGUGUAAGGAUUUGCUUGACCUAAAUAUUAAUUCAAAUUUCGUACCACUCUUGUGCUGGUACGGCUUUUGAUAGAAAGUGACUUAAGGAUUCCAUUGAAUAUUAUAAUGUAUUCAAAAUUGUUUAUAUUAUUGAUGUAAAAUCUUCAAUAGCUGUUGAAAAAAAGUAUUCUGAAAUGCUUGUUAUAUUUAGUUAGGCAAUUAUCAUCCUCUUUUGAUAUCUUGAGAUAAAACCUGAUAAAGUUAGUAUUAUUAGUAGACGAAUUUUAUGUAAAUAUCUACAGCAAACUUCACUCAUUAUCGAUUUCUAAUAUUGUUUAUGUAAACUUUGUCUAGCUAGGCAACCGACGAACAACUACAAAUAUAGCUAAUACUAUAUAUUCGUUCAUUCAACAGUGAUAAAUACAGUUUAUUCUACCUUUUGUCUUUAUUUCUUUUAAUAUGAAUCAAUUGAUUGGAGUAAUAAAAAAAUUUUCACCGGUUGUUUCUUUAAACGAGGAAAAAUUUGAAGAAUUUUCAGGAUUACUAAAAGAAAAUGACAUCACAACAAAAUGGUCCUUAAAAGAGAUAGAAGAAUAUGUUAAUACAUUAAAAAUUGAAUUUUGCAAUGAUAAAUGUCCCGCAAUUAACACAGUCGGUGAAAGGGCGAUAAAAGAGAGUUUUGAAAUUUUUUCGAAUCAAGUAUACAGCUACUAUGCUCUUAAAAGUGGAGAAGAUGAAGAAUGUUUCUUUGUUUAUGAAAAAUUUUUUGAUUUGAUGUUCACUGCAAUGGAAGGAAAUUAUAUAUCAUCAGGGAAUGAGUCCUGCUUUGACAAAAUAUUUUACCAAGUUCCCGGAGUUAUACGUUUUACUAAAAAUAUGAACGAAAAUCACGUAAAGAGAUUCAUUAAAAGUUUAACUAGAAAAUUUGAGCCACGACCUCAAGAAACUGAUGAGAGCAAAUGGAAAAAAACAAUAAAACGUUGGCCUAGUGAAAUUAUUUAUCAUCUUAAAAAAGAAGGCCUUCUUCAGUCAAGGAAAGAAAUAAUUAUAUAUAUCAAUUUCUGGCUUGAAUUAAGUCAGCAGUAUAAAGGUUCUUCGAGUGAUAAUCUUAUGAUUUAUGUGUGUCAUGAAAUGCUUUCGUUUGCUGCAUCAAUGGUUAGAGAUAUGGGAGGUUCUACUUUAUUUGAGGAAGGUUCCACCGACGAUGUUGAAAAUUUGCUGCGUACUUACCAUACAAUUUUCUUCAUGGAGGAUUUUCCUCGAAAUGAAUGUGCAGUUGACGCUUGGAGAGACAUUAUUGUCGAAAGUCUUCAAGUAGCUAUAAAAGAUAAUAACAAACUGACAGCUAUUACUUAUGAUUUUACUUCAAAGGUGUUGUUUUUUGGUAAUGAUCACGAAACACCCAGAUCACUUUCAGAUUUAGCAAAAGCCUUGUGUAAAAAGUAUAUGGAAAUAGACUUUGAAUCUGUAGGAAUGAAGAGCCAUUUGGAUAUCUUCAUUGAAGAAGUAAAAAUGAUGAAAGAAGAUGAACAUGUCUAUAGACAAUUUGAACAUAAAGAGGAAAUAUUUUUAAAUCAUUUGGUUCCAAAGUUUCAGGAUAAUGUAGAUAAAUUAAAAGAGUUACUUGUCGUAAUCAUAAAGAAUCCAUUGUGGAGAAUUGCUUGUGAAUACUUUGAAGGUGCAAAUGACAAAAAAAAAUUAGUGAAUUUAAAGAAGAAUCCUGAAAUCUUCAAUUUAAUGUUCAGUACCAUGGACAAUCCAGAUAUACCUUAUAAUACCGAUACACUAGAUGCUUUUAAACGUAUAGGAUAUACAUUAUAUGACAUAAUGGAAAAACAAAAAGUUUUCAAGAAAAUGACCAGUCUAGUUUACGAUGUCAUUGAAAGUGCGUUCAAAUAUACUAAACAUCCUAUUCAUAGUGCGAUAUGGCGGUUUUCUAUAGCAGUUGAUUGGAAGGAUGAAUUACCAAGGUUUAAUAAUAUACUUGUGAGAAUUAAAUCGAUAUUGGAAAAGGAUCAAAACAUAGUAAAGAAAUUCGACAUUCUUGUUGAAGUAGUGGAUUUUUUCUUUCAAAAAUUUAGCUAUGUCUAUACAAAUGAUAAAAGAGUAUUGGAAUUAAAAGAUAACAUGGCAGAUCUUUACAACUACUGUUACACUUUACCAUGGACGAUAGAUGAGGACGAUGAAAGACUUCGAGAUUCAGACAUUUCAGAUGAAGAAUCUCUAACACUAGCCGGCUACUUUCUUUUCGUCGCUACAAAAUAUUUUUAUAUUCCAAAUAACAACAUUACCGAGCUAGUAAUACCUAUUGUUCAAACUGCCAAAAAUCUACGGAAACAGGAAGAUAAUGAUCUGUUACAGGGACAAGCCGAUAAACUAUUAAAAGAAUUAACAGACACGGCAGACAUUCUUGGUGAUGAUACAGGAAAAGAAAUAAUCGAUGAAUUCCUCCAAACAGAAGAUAAUACUUUAUUAACAAAAGUAAUUCUUAUGUAUCCCCAAUUUACCGAUUACAUCCAUGAAAAACUACCAACAAUUUUGGAAAUUUCAAAAAGAGGAAAUUUAGGGAUUGAGAUGAAUUUUUUAAGUUUGCUCAAUCAGGUUGCCUCAAAAAAUCCUCAAGUAUUUAAUCAGGAUACUUUUGACUAUCUCAUUGAUCAACUGGAGGGGACAAAAGUGACUCAAUGCUAUUUAAUCUUUCAAUCCCUGACUACAAAACAGAAUCAGCUGUUCCAAAAGCACGACAAACGAUUUGCAGAAUUAGUGCAAAAUGACAGUUCAGGUUUGUCAUACUGCAAUAUUUUACCUGAAAUAGCAAAUUCUCUGGAAAAAGCACAGUACUUUACAAAAGUUCUCUGGGAAAAACUUCAAAGCGAAAGUGGAAUUAACCGUGCAACGGUAAUAUAUGCCUUACGAAACAUGGCUCUUAGGUUCAAAGAACCUGUAUUAGUUUAUAAAAGCCAUCUCACAAAAAUGAAAGACGACGUUCAAAUAAAAGACUCGGUAACUGCACUUCUUGAUACUUUGGAAGGAAGGUCAUUAGAAACUGUCGCAAUAGACGUGGAGGAACAGAGAGAAGAUAUUGAUAAUUUAGAUUCCAGAGUUACGAAUAAUGAAGAUAAAAUUGAAAAUCUUGAUAAUGAUGUCAGAGAAACUAAAGAAGACGUCGCCAAUGUUAAACAAGAUGUCAAAGAAACUAAGGAACGCAUUGAUCAAAUUGAAUAUACAAUCAAAGGACUCGAUGAAAGAGUUGAAGAACUCAGUCAUAUGACUCUUUCACAUGCUCCCGCUUGGACUCGUCAUGUUUCCGAAUUAAUGAAUGAUCAAACCGAUCACGAUUGGAGACUCUUAGCUAUGAAACUCAAUUAUACAAACGACGAUAUACGAAAUUGGGCUACUCAACCAGAUCCUUGUCUAUCGAUGUUUGAUGAAUGGUUUGCUACUCACAAAACAAGAGAAGCUACAAACGCCAUUUUAACUAAUCUGAAAGAAAUGAACAGAUUAGACGCUGCUGAAAUUGUGGAAAGUGCACUUGCAAAUGUGAAAGAUGUUGUUCAAGAUGACGAAGAUGAAGAGUUUGAGAAACCAGAAGUGUUUCUCAGCUAUCAAUGGGGACAUCAACAAGAAGUGAAACUUCUGCGUAAACACUUGGAGAUGGCCGGAUUCAAGGCAUGGAUGGACAUUGGCCAAAUGGGUGGAGGUGACAAAUUAUACGCCAAAAUCGAUGAUGGUGUUCGUUCAGCCAAAGUGAUUAUCAGUUGUGUAAGUGAGAAAUAUGCAAAAUCCGCAAAUUGCUGUAGAGAAGUUAACUUGUCAACAAAUCUUGGAAAACCAAUGAUACCAAUACUCAUGGAACAAUUAUCGUGGCCUCCUGCAGGUCCGAUGGGACCAAUCAUGUCUGAAUAUUUGUAUAUUAGGUUCUUCAAGUCUGGUGGAAUGGAAAAAGGCGACUCUGUAUUUUGGUUGCCAGCAAAAUUUCAAGAACUUCUCAUGCAAGUUCGAUACUUCGUCGUACCAGAUAUGAAACUCAUUACGAAUGAUUCUCCUUAUAAAGGAUGGAUGAAUCCACCGGAAGAAGAAAUCAUCAUUCCGAAACGAGAACAAAAGGCCAUUGAAUCAAGCAAUGGGAAAUCGGAAGAGAACACGGAACAAGAAGUUUCGCCAGAUGUCUUUAUAUCUUAUCAAUGGGGAAAACAACCACAAAUUAAACGUCUAUAUAAAAAGCUUAGUGAAAUGGGCUAUUACUGUUGGUUAGAUAUCAUGCAGAUGGGAGGAGGAGAUUCUCUUUUUGAUAAAAUUGAUAAGGGAAUCAGAGGAGCAAAAGUGAUAAUAUCAUGUGUUACUCCAAAGUAUGCAUUGAGUGCGAAUUGUCGAAGAGAAGUUUCAUUAUCAGGAGCAUUGAGUAAGCCAAUUGUUCCUUUAUUAUUAGAAGACAUGAAAUGGCCACCAGAAGGACCAAUGUCGAUGACAUUUACGGAGCUUUUAUACAUUGGAUUUCACAGAAAGAAAGACGAUAAGUUGUGGGAGGGUGAUGAAUUUAAUCAAUUAAUUUCAAAAAUUGACCUGAAUGCAUCAGGAUGUCGAAUGAUUUCGGAGGCAGCGGAGACUAAUGAAAGUAGUAAAAAAGCUGAAGAUAAUGAAGAGGCCGCUCGUAAAAGAAAAUUGGAAGAGGAAAAUAAGCAAAAAGAGUUGGAGAAGGAAAAUGCGAAAAGAAUUGAAGAAGAAAGAAGAAAGGAGGCUGAAGAAAUGAAAGAAAAAAAUACUGAUCAGUCACCAAAAAAGAAGUCAUCGUUAUGUGUUUUAUUGUAGUUAGAAAACUUUUAUGAAAAGAAUUUUAAUUUUCAUAGUGCGAUUUUCGUUAAUGUUUUAUAAUUAAUAGAAAAGAGAAAUAUGCGAUUAUUAAAUUUAAUUAAUCAAAUAUAGAAAUAUGAUUUUAUGAAUAUUUGAAAUAUUUGUGCGAGAAACGCUGGAAAUGAAGUAAUUGAGGUUGAAAAUGAUUUUGAUUUGAAAACUACCAUUGAUGAAUAAAUGGUUUGUUGGUCACAAUAGUAGCGAGUGGGCAUGAUCACUAAUGAUCGUCCUUGACCAGUAUAGCUGGAAGAAAGAUAUCUUCAUUUUGUAGAUGAGAUAGUUUUUUAAUGAAAAUGUAGAUAAGAUAUUUCAUAGAUAUGUACUGAUAUCGAUUAUGUUACUGUUUGUUUAAAUAAUUAUAUACAGUAUAUACUAUCUUUGUUUUUUAACUUCCUGGUGAAC